UCUUCAUUUGUAAAGAUUUUUUGUGGAAAUGUUUGUUUGCUGCACCGACGUAGGUCUCCUAACAUGGUCCAGUACAGCUCUGAUUCUUUCCAAGCAGGGCUGUCUGUCACAGUGCCUGAGUAAAAAGAUUUAAAGGGUCAUGUUGCCGGCGAGAUUUUUAACAUAGUUAAGAGGAGGAGAAUUUGAGCUAUACUGUAGAUCAAAAGUAGCAUAGUGUUGGACAGGCUAAUACAGGGCAGGCUAAGGAGUCAGAAAUUUUCGGAAUGUUUUUGUUUCUAUGGUCUCACCCCGUUUUAACAUGCGAGCACUACUUUUGUAAUGAGUGCAUAGCUAUCAUUGUGGAGCAGUACAGCACUGGGAUCCACAGGAGGGCCAUCAAGUGUGCCAUCUGCAGACAGACCACCUCUCAUAAAGAAAUCUCCUAUGUGUUCACAGCUGAGACUACAAAACAGGAUGAGGAGAUCUCUGUCAAGGCCAACUGUUGUUCACAGGUUUCUAAUCAGAUCAACCGUAGAGGAAAGAAUGCAGACCAUGUUGAAAACAGCAGAAAGAAGCCACGGCACCACCUCCAUGAAGCAGUCUGAGGCGUCUGUGCUGAUAGUAGUUGACCUGGCAGAUCUGUUCACUGAGGACACUGAAGCUCUAGAAUGAUACCUGGCAGAGACUUUAAUAAUGAAAUAGCAACACUAUAAGAAGGAUGCUUUUAACAGCAGUCGGCUACAUUGUAAACCCCAAAAUCAUUCUAAAUAAAUUAAAUCAAGUUACAUUAACUUAUUCAAAUUUUAUUCUUAACACUCAUCCAUUUUAAGUUAGUUGAACAUUCAAAUUUACUUUACUUGUUCAAAGGGGACUAGAUUCCCAUCAGCCCUUGUGGGACUUAUACAAUUUAUUUUUGGAAUUGUUUGUUGUUUAUUGUGUUGUGUUUGCUUGUCUCUUGUGCCCCCGUCUGCUCCCUUACAUAUGUUCUCCUUGUGUUGUGUGUGGCCACCCCCGAUCGGUGGUCAGUCUGCGGAUGUGACCUCCUCCCUUCUCCCUCUGUCUACAUCUCUGGUUCCAACACUUGUAAAUGCUGCC